AUCUUCAAAUCAUUCUUUCAUUAAUCAUAUAAUUGUUUAUCGCUUCAAUAUAAUUAAAGGAUUUAAUGAUUUUGAGUACUUCAAACGGCCCGCUAACUUGCGAGAAUUUCACAACUUCCCCACUAACCUCCGGAAUGAAGUUAAUAUAGGAAAUUCUACACCUACAUAUCAAUUCCAUACAACUUCCUUUUUAUAUCUCACCUCUCUUGUGAAAUCUAAUCAUUGUUCGCUCUUUGUCUCUUUCGAAUUAUCGUUGAUGUUUAUUUGUACCGAAUUCCGAUUGUUACGUCGUAAAAAUACCACCUUACUAGCCCCUCGGUUAGCGCAUCCCACAGAGAAUAGAACAUUUUGAUAUCGACAACCUCAAGAAUCGUAAUUUUUACCUCAUCGAAGACCCCAACCCUCCCCGCCUCAACCACAUUUCGAUCAUUUCUGCAAACAUGGCGCCCGCGACGCAGCAAGUCUUUAUCGACGGUACUUUCGCCGAUUUGGCACAAGAGCUGGCCGAAUACCUUCAAAUCGGUCCAGAAGUUCAACCCCUCCUCGAAGAAAACCAAAAGGAUGAAGCUCUCAAGAAACUCGUCACUGCUUCGGCUUCCUUGAACUCAUCUCCAGAGAAAGAAUUUACUGCCGCAUACAAUUUAUUGGUCUAUCUUUGCGUCCAAUCUCCAAAUGUCAACAUGUAUCUUCCAAAAAUUUGCGACAACCUCGCCAGACCAAUUACUUCUUCACCUCUAAAUGGACCAGGCCUUGCGCUGAAUGUUAUGACUACAAUUUUCAACCUUUUACAACCAGAUAAUGAGACUAGAUUUAAUGUCUUCCAAGCCGUUCUUAAACUCAUUAAGACUAGUGGAAAUUACGAAAUGUUGCGACCACAGUUGAAGAAAUUGGACACCUGGAUUGUCGAAUGGAGUAUUGAGGAGGAGGACCAAAGAAAACUUUUUGAGAUGAUCUCAGAAGUGGCAGAUGAUUCAGGAGAGGAGGAGUACGUUUGGAAUCAACCCUGGAGACUAUAUUUUACUAAUCGCUACGUAUAGGGAAUCAUACCAAUACACUCUCAAAGCUCUACGUACUUUCGACGGCAAAGACGAGAAAGCAAUCGCAUCCGAAGAAGCCCAAAAACUCGCCAUCAAAGCAUUAAGAACUGCCCUCCUUUCAAACACUCACUUCGAUUUCCACGAUCUCACUUCCCUCCCCGCCAUCCAAGCCUUGAGCGAUUCCCACGCAAUCUACUCAGAACUGCUCGAAAUUUUCGCCGAGAAGGAACUCGAGGACUACAACGAUUUCCUAGAUGAGCACGAUGGAUUCGUCGAGAAGGAGAACCUAGACAACAGCAAAUUGCACCGCAAGAUGCGACUCUUGACCUUGGCUAGCUUGGCCGCCUCCACGCACACGCGCGAACUCGAAUACCGACGCAUUUCCAAAGCUUUGCAAGUCGCACCUGAAGAUGUGGAGAUGUGGGUAAUCGAUGUUAUCCGAGCCGGAUUGGUCGAGGGAAAAUUAUCACAACAGAAGCAAGUUUUCCUCAUUCACAGAACCACAUACCGUGUAUUCGGCGAGAAGCAAUGGCGAGAGGUAGCCACGAGGUUGGAUCAAUGGAAGGAGAGUUUGAGAGGUGUAAAGGAGGUUAUUAGCAGGGAGAGACAAGCAGCCGAAAGUCAAAAGGAGAAAGAAAUCCAAGAGGCUGAUAAGAAGGUUUCUGGUGCGCAGGGUAUGAAUGCUGGACGAAGAAGGGAUAACAUGGUUGAGAUGGGUACUGAUUAGAUAUACCAACUCAUGAAAAUUUGGUAUUAAUUCAUGGAUUGAUUGGUCCUCCCCCCAAACCAAAAAAGGUUCCUCGUUUUCGUCGGCGUUCUUAGAUGUUUGUACAGUGGCAACGGCAAAAUGGUUAUGUUUGCAUUGGCAUCUGGUAAUGGUGUAGGAGAAGAACAUCCAUGAUUUUUCAUGUUCAAAAUUGAAGCCACGAACGAACGAUAUGAAGCCAUGAAAAAAGACGUAAAGACGUGGAGUGAAAAAAGAAGAUGAGAAAGAAUAGAUUUUCUACGUACGUAUUGAAUGAGAUAG